AAGCAAAAAGCAUGUAGAAGCUGUCAGCACAAGAAUUUCAAAGCCUAAAAAGAAAACUUUAUAAAUCCAAACAUAAAAAAGCUGAACUCAUCCAAAAACCAAACCCGAAAAAAAACAAAGGCAGACAAAGAAACAAAAGAGAUGAUCAAAGGCAGAGAUGGAAACAGAAGAUCAUCUACUUCUAGCUACCCUGCAGAUUUGUUGGUAUGUUUCCCUUCAAGAGCCCACUUAGCUCUUACACCUAAACCCAUUUGUAGCCCCUCUCGUCCCUCCAUCUCCAUCUCCACUAACCGUCAUCCCCACCACCGUCGCCAGCUCAGCAAACUCUCCAGCAGCGGUGGAGGAGGAGGACAUGGGAGUCCUGCCUUGUGGGCUAAACAAGCAAGCAGUAAAAACAUAGGCGGUGAAGAAAUAACCGAACCAACUUCACCUAAAGUCACUUGCGCUGGUCAGAUCAAAGUCCGGCCAAGAAAAUGCGGCGGGAAAGGAAAGAACUGGCAAACGGUGAUGGAGGAGAUAGAGAGGAUACAUAACAAUAAGUCUAAGAGCAAGUUUCUUGGAUUAAAGAAAGAACUGAUGGGUUUCUUGACUUGUCUAAAGAAUAUAAAGUUCGACUUCAGAUGUUUUGGUGAGUUCAGACAUGAUGAUGUCAUCACUAGCGACGACGAUGAAGAAGACGUAGAAGAAGAUGAGAAUACAAAGAAUGUUUUCUCUAAAUGGUUUAUGGUUUUACAAGAGGAAGAGAGCAACAACGACGAGGACGUCAAGAACAUCAAGAAGUGCGUCGUUGAUGAAAACUCUGACGUGGAAGCGGUUGUUCCGCCGUCGAACGCGCUUUUGCUGAUGAGGUGUAGAUCGGCUCCGGCGAAGAGUUGGUUAGAAGAGAGAAUGCAAGUGAAAACAGAGGAAGAUAGCAAAGAAGAAGAGGUUAGUGUGAGCAAGAAUAAGAAGGAUUUGAGAUCACUGAUGGAGGAAGAGAAGAUGGAGUUAGUGUUGAUGAGAUACGAUACUGAUUAUUACAGACUAUCUUCAGACAUAGCUAAGGAAACUUGGGUUGUCGGAGGAGUUCAAGAUCCUUUGUCUCGGUGUCGUAGCUGGAAAAGCUAGGUUUUUUUGCCAGUUAUACGGUUACUUAAGCUUUUUACUAUUAUUUUCAUUAUAUGGUAAUUAGUUUUGAUUUUUUGGGGGCUUCUUGAAUUUCCAGGGUAACUCAAAUGGUUUGUAUUUUCUUUGUUUGUUUCGUGUGUUUUUAUCACGACGUUUAUAAUGUAAUGCUGCAAAUAUGUACAGGUUUAUAUAUUAUGUUUACUAGAUUCUUUUUUUGU